UCGACAGAUAGAGAUGGAGGGAGAGAGAGAGAGUUAUAUUAUGGAGCCAGUGUGAGUCAGCAGAUUGACACAGCUCCAGGGUGUGGCUGUUGCACUCACUCACACCAUCACUGGACUGCAAUAACGUAGAGCCACAAUGGCAUCCGGUCAGAGCUGCAGUGGCAUGCAGACUGUGUUGUGCUAAUACAUUUAGAGAUGGAAACUGAGCUCAUAUGAUUGACACUCAAUGAAACCACAUUGCCUCUCCCCUCUUUCUGUAGCAUGCUCUUGUUCACUCUCAUCAAUGAUUUAGAAGGAAAAAUAAGGCAGAAACUCCCUUGAGCCCAUCCAACGCUUUUAAAUCCAUCCAUAGUAGCAGUCAAGACAUGUCUCUCCCUCUCUGUCGUCGGGGGCCAGGUGAUGCUUUUGAAUCAUUCAGGGGUCGUGUACAAGUGUACACUUCAUGUAGAAGGGUAUAUAAUCCGAUCACAACCAAUGUCUCUCUCGUCAGGACCAGGGGACAACGUCUCAACAGGCUUCAUGUCUCUGUCCAGUCCAGCAGCACCAUGAGACCCUCUGUGUCUUCUCUUUGUCUCUGUCUUCAGGACCAGGGGACAACGUCCCAGCGGUGUAUGGUCUGGAUGUGACUGACGUGUCACAGUGGGAGGAGACUGUCCUAAGCCCAGCCCUUCUCAUAUUGGAUAGUCUUACUAAGGGGGAGCGACCUACCGUUGAGCCGAUGAGGGUGGAGGGGGCGGGGAAGAGGAACAAGCGAAGCCGUCACACCUGUGAGCUGUGUGACAAGGUGAUCAUUGGAGAUCUGGAGUGGACAGCCCAUCUCAAGUCUAAAAAACACCACUAUCAUGUGAGGAAAAGGAGGAAGCCCGAGCCCGAACCAGCCAGCGACCAGCCCCAGGGGACUACUCCACCUCCCACCCCUACUUCAGAUGGCCCGACCUUGGGUAACUCCACUACUCUAGCCCCUGGCUCAGCUGAGGCCUGUGGAGAACCAGAGUCCCCAGGUACCAGUUCUACUGAGAAAGAAGCCCCAGUUCUAUAGGAGAGGAGGUAUGCUUCACUAGAAGGCCCGAUGAUCAGUAUUGCGGGUGGGACAGAAGGCAGUCUUUUUGGCCUCAUCUUGAGCCCUGCUUGUCGGAUUGACUCCUAUUAAAUCAGAAAGAUAAAACUGAACAAUCAAAGAAACUCACUUUUUUUUAAUGGAUUAUCUGAGGACAACACAGAGACAGAGGGAUAAAUCGGUCUCUUGACGACAUCACCGCUAUGACAUCAUCACUCAUGUCUAUGACAUCAUCGUUGUUUGACUCCAGGCUUUGGUUCCUUGGAUUCUAAAGUGAAGUUGAAUUGUGACAGAACUCUGAAAUGGAAUGACAGUUGAUGUUUCACAGUUCAAUAAGACCAACCGUCUCUGGCCUUGUCAGGUGCCCGUCUAGUAACACUCUCUAUGGCAACUGCUGUGUUUGUAACGAAAUGUACGUGUAUCUGCAUUGUAAUUAUUAUAAUUAAAAAAAAAAAACUUUUUUUUU